AUGGAAGAAGUGGCUGAGAUAAUGUUGAAUGAGCUACCAGAAAAGAGGGGUGAUCUGGGAAGCAUCACCGUACCAUGCCGAUUUGGGAACUUAAUGGCCACACGAGCGUUGACUGAUUCAGAGGAAAGUAUAAAUAUUAUGCCACAAUCUUUCUUCCAAAAGCUAAACCUUCCGGUCCCAAAGCCUAUUCAAAUGAAAAUCCAUCUAGCCGAUAAAACUAUAAUACAUCCAAUGGGAGUGUGCGAAGAUCUUCUGAUCAAGGUAGAAAAACUAGUGUUCCAUGUUGACUUCAUAAUAUUAGACAUGGAAGAGGAACUUCAAAUCCCAAUCAUUCUUGGGAGACCAUUUUUGAAUACCGCUUGUGUCGUAGUAGAUAUCUGUGAAUCUACACUUACACUAAGGGUGGGGGUGAUUCGGUGA